UCCUUCCCACAAGCCCUGUGUGCUCGUGAGAUGUUUAUAGAGCCUUCAUUAAGGGAGAGUUCCCUUAGAUAAGAGGCCGAGCGCAGCAUCGAGGGCCAGAUAAGAACAAGUGGGGGGCAAUUCGGGGACGGCGGGUGAGAGCCUGUGAACUGGCGGGGGUGCUCGGUGCAGAGCGUGGGCAGGACAAUGCGGGCUGGCUCCUUCCGGGCUCCUCCCCGAACCCGCUAACCCACCGCGGCUGCCGCACGCAGUCUCCCGUGCAGGGCAAGAGCAUCCCAAGAUGUGCCGCGGGGCGCUCUGGGCGGCCCUGCCCGUGCUCUCCCUGCUGGCCUGCUCCGCGCAGGGGAAGCCGCUGGAGAGCCAGGGGCGGGCGUCGGUCGGGGGAGAUGCGCACCGCCUGCUAGAGGGGCCCGGAGAUGAGCAGGAUGGGGGCACCUUCGACCUGAGGAUGUUCCUGGAGAACAUGAAGGUGGAUUUCCUGCGCAGCCUCAACUUGAGCGGGGUCCCUUCCCAGGACAGAACCCGAGCCGAGCCGCCGCAGUACAUGAUCGACCUGUACAACAGAUACACCACGGACAAGUCGUCCACCCCCGCCUCCAACAUCGUGCGCAGCUUCAGCGUGGAAGAUGCCGUCUCUGUAGCCGCCACAGGAGACUUCCCUUUCCAGAAACACAUCUUGCUCUUUAACAUCUCCAUUCCCAGGCACGAGCAGAUCACCAGGGCCGAGCUCCGACUCUACCUCUCCUGUCAAAGUCAUGUGGGCUCCUCUCACGAGCUGAAAGGGAACAUGGUCAUUUACGAUGUUCUGGAUGGAGCCAACGCCUGGGAUGCUUUGGAGGGAACCAAGACCUUCCUGGUGUCUCAGGACAUCCAGGACGAGGGCUGGGAGACCUUGGAGGUGUCCAGUGCCGUGAAGCGGUGGGUCAGGGCAGACUCCACCAAGAGCAAAAAUAAACUGGAGGUGACCGUGGAGAGUCACAGAAAGGGUUGUGACAAGCUGGAUAUCAGUGUCCCCCCAGGCUCCAAAAACUUGCCUUUCUUCGUCGUCUUCUCCAAUGACCGCAGCAAUGGGACCAGGGAGACCAGGCUGGAGCUCAGAGAGAUGAUCAGCCACGAACAGGAGAGUGUGCUCAAGAAGCUGUCCAGGAACGGCCCGGUGGAGGCAGGUGGGAACAGGGACGAGGAGAAGGAGGGUGUGGAAGGCCACGUGGCCGCGGGAUUGUCUUUAGCCAGACGGAAGAGGAGUGCCGGGGCCAACAACCACUGUCAGAAGACCUCGCUGCGGGUGAACUUCGAGGACAUCGGCUGGGACAGCUGGAUCAUCGCGCCCAAGGAGUACGAUGCCUACGAAUGUAAAGGCGGCUGUUUCUUCCCCUUGGCUGAUGAUGUGACCCCAACGAAACACGCCAUCGUGCAGACCCUGGUGCAUCUCAAGUUCCCCAUGAAGGUGGGCAAGGCCUGCUGUGUGCCCACCAAACUGAGCCCCAUCUCCAUCCUCUACAAGGAUGACAUGGGCGUCCCCACCCUCAAGUACCACUACGAAGGGAUGAGCGUGGCAGAGUGUGGGUGCAGGUAGUGCUGGACCAGGCGGGGGAUGCAGGAUGCGGGGGGGUUCCUAAUGAGAGGUCCUGUGUCCCCCUGGGUGUGACAGGGACUAAGUCCACCUGCAGUCAGCCCGGAGAAGGAAAUGGAGCCACCAGGUCCUAGAGGUAAAGGCCCACUCUCCCUCUUACCGCCCGCCUCCAAGCACACACCACUGGGUUGAACUGCAGGGGAAGGGGAUGGUAACAGGAAGCAGGGGUUGGGGGAGAAGAGGAAAGCCUGAAAGCAUCAUUGGGGUGGAAGGGGAGCUGAAGAAAAGGGAAUAAGGGGGAAAAUAAUCCAGAGUCGGCAGAAAACCGAGCAAAAAUGCAGGAGAUGUGCAGAAUUGAACGGAAAUUAAAGGACGCGAGAGAGAUGGGGUUUAUUCCAGUAACCUCAGGGAGCGAGGGGGAGAGCAAGAGGACAUGUCCUCCACACCCACUUC